AGCGCCACGUAUGAGAUCCAGCUGUCACAAGUUUAAUGCAACUAGCAGAAAAUAAUUGUCCACGAAUUGAAGAUUGACUGGGAUCGGCUACUCGAAACGGACGCUGCGUGUGAUUACGAAAAGUCUUAAAUGGCGCAAUAUUUGCUUAAGGCAAGUGCUGUCGAUCAAAUGGGGUAUACUAAUGCGCAGAUGUGCGACUUGGUCUUGCUGUUCGUUCGUUGACAUCAGUUGACCAGAAUGAUGUUCUAGAUUUUAGGUAUCCUGUUAUGAUGCAAUAAACACUAAUACAGAGGAUGGCCAUUCUCAGCUAGUUACGUGCCGGAUAAGCAAGCCAGGGUCUACGGUUUCGCUCCUUCUUUCUCCUCUUCUUAUUGCUUAUAGUGGAGUCGCACACUAAUUAGUGACGAGGCUUGCGUAGAGCGAGCUGGUACGUGGGCGUGAAUCAGGUUAAGUGAAAUGCACUGUACACGCAAAAUUGAUACCUGCUGAAUCGGGACCGAAAGUCACAGAGGCUCGUUGUGGCUUCAACGUCAAGGAGCUGAUGAGACUUUUUCUCAAUGCACUUCUGUACGGUGUAGAUCUUAAGUUGCAUGAGCUGAAUCGGGAGCUCCUUCACCAACGGAAAUUAAUCAAUUUUGUGUUUGACAUUUGAGGCUUCUGCAGCUUGAGCAAUUAGCUAUGCCACGAUUUUCUCCAGCAAGGCUACGAAUUUUAUGACACGUUACGAAGUGCGCACUCAUAAGAUGGGGAAUUAGCUCAGUCGAACUCAAUUUGGUGCUUGUUUGUUCGGAAUUGUUCCAAAAGUAAAGGCAAUAUUUCAGCUUUUCAGCUUUUCAACUUGACUGAACAGGUCUAAAAUUUGUUCAUUUAUAUUACCUCACACUGUCAUUUGAGCGACAAUCUGAAAGCUGCCAGAAUGGGAGGCGGUUCAAGCAUGCCAGAAGUCGGCAUUGGUGAUAUCUUCUAUCCUGAUAAUCCUAAGAGAAGAGCUCGUGCUGAACAGCUCUCGAACGAAACAAAAUGGUGGUGUGCAAGGUUUAACGAACAGAAAGAAACACUUGAUAGCCUUGAGCCAGUUGUGCGUAGUCGAAUUGAUGCGUAUCUCAAGAAAUUCGGAUACGCCACGCUUGACGAUCUUGUGAGCAAGGUCAACAGCACAUUGAGUGGAGAUGCCCUCAAGAAGUGGACAACUCUGAAGACAAGUCUUUCACAGGAACACUGGCUAGACAACUUCUUGCUAACUAUCAGCGGCAUAGUGGCGGCCGGCAGUGGAAUAGUCCUUGGAGGCCUCGUGUUGUUUUCCGUUAUCUCUGGUCCAGUGGGGUGGUCCGUUUUCGCUGGUGUCAGCGCCGCAAUGGGGGUGGUAGCUCUAGUCGCAGGUUUAAUAGAUGUCAUAAAUGGAGGACAAGAGAGACAGAAACUCCGAAAAGCGAUCGACGACCUGUAUAGUGCGCGACUCCAGGCAGCUCAAACUUACCGAAAGCUCGAGGUCUACAACAAUUGGGUUAUUGCAUUUAGCGAUUUCUUCAAGGACGAGUGGAUCGAGCUGAGCCCAGAAAUCUUCGAGAAGAAGUUUGGACAAGGCUUCCGCAAUGAUUUUUACAAGUUCGACCGAAGCACUGUUAAUAAUGAACUCAAUCAACAUGAUCGAGAAGUGAAUGCUUGGACCAAUGAAGAUCCGGCUAUCGCCAACAUCAGUAGCAUGGUGCUCACCGCAGCAGCAAUGCCGAUGGCUACUGCAAUGGUGGCACAGGGUGAGACUGCUCUGCCCGAAUCUAGCCAUGGAGGCACUGUCGAUGUAUCGGAGACUAGCAAGCCAGAAGUGUUGAGCAAUCCACUGAUCGAAGGAAUCUUGGAUGUACACGUUACAGCCGAUGGCGGAGUCCAGAAGAAUCUGAGAGUAGAGCUGCAAGAAGUUUUGUCAACGACUGCUUUCACCGUGUUAGACUUGGCUACGUCCGAAUUGCUUGGAAUUCGCGCAGAAGUUGCUGAUUCAACCAAACCAAUGAAGAUGUUAGAGGAUAUGAAAUUCUCUGUGACAAAUUUCUCUACAAUGGAAACAUUACAUAAUUGUAUAUUCUUUAAGCAGAUAUUCGCUUCAUAAUACUCAUGUUACUUAACGAUGAAAUAGUUAACUAGUUAUUAGAUUUGAAGAAUGGAUUGUUGCUUUCUGUCAGGGUUUUAUAGUAGGGAAUAUGUCGACCAAACACCGGGAGAUGAGUAAGAGAU